ACGCGCUGUUAUGUUCCCAGUUCUCUCUCUCUCUUGCCCAUCCCCCACCUCGGCUGGCUCAGCUCAGCUCCUAAACCCGCACCUACCUCUCUGCCUGCUGCCCCGGCCCCUGAUCCUGAUUUCCCCAAUCGAGAGUCCGAGACCCGAGAGGAGGCACAGGCACCUGCGCUAGCUGCAGCUGCAAAUCGUCUUCCCCAGAUCCGGCGCCGCCUAGUUCGCUCCUGCUCGCGACAGCGCCCAGAGCCGUCCGCGUGCGCCCGCAGAGAUCGUUUCGGGGACAGCCGAGCAGAGCAGAGCAGAGCAGAGCUGACUCUGCCGCUUGUUGCCCGUUCUUGGCUGCUGUUGCUGGCGAGAGCGCGCAGGAGGAGCGGCUGAUUUUUGAUUCUCUCUGUCCCUCCCUCCCUCGCUUCGCUCGCGCGGGGUGCGUGCACGUACCAUGAGAAGAUGAUGCGCGCCAGGCCCAAAGGUACAUUCGCCGACGCGAUGAGGGAGAGCUCCCCUCCUCCUCCUCCCCCUCCGGCUCCGGCUUCGGCAGCGGUGAAAGAGGACGAGUGGGAGGUGCGGCCCGGCGGGAUGCUGGUGCAGAAGCGGAGCCCCGACGCCGACGCCCCCGCCGGGGCGCCCGUCCCCACCAUCCGCGUCAAGGUCAAGUUCAACGGCGUGUACCACGAGAUCUACAUCAACUCCCAGGCCUCCUUCGGUGAGCUGAAGAAGAUGCUGUCGGCGCGGACCGGGCUGCACCCCGAGGACCAGAAGCUGGUGUACAAGGACAAGGAGCGGGACUCCAAGGCGUUCCUGGACAUGGCCGGCGUCAAGGACCGCUCCAAGAUGGUGCUGCUCGAGGACCCCGCCGCGCAGGCCAAGCGCCUCCUCGAGCAGCGCCGCACCGACAAGGCGGAGCGCGCCGCCAAGUCCAUCUCCCGCAUCGGCCUCGACGUCGACAAGCUCGCCACCAAGGUGUCGGCGCUGGAGGCCAUCGUCAGCAAGGGCGGCAAGGUGGUGGACGCUGACGUGGUCGCCCUCACCGAGGCGCUCAUGAACGAGCUGGUCAAGCUGGACUCCAUCGCCGCCGACGGCGAAGUCAAGGUGCAGCGACGAAUGCAGGAGAAGCGGGUGCAGAAGUACGUGGAGACGCUGGACGCUAUCCGCGCCAAGAACGCGGCGGCGCCCAAGGCCAAGGCCAAGGCCAACGGCGACAUGAAUGGGCACGCCAAGGCCCGCGCGCCGCAACUCCCGCCGCGCCCGCCGCCCGUGUCGCAGAGGCGGAACUUCCAGCAGCCCUCCCCGGCGCCAGCGCCGCCCACGCAGGGCUGGGAGUCGUUCGACCUGCUGUCGUCGGUGCCGUCCACGUCCUCGGCCACCGUGACCACCACCAUGGCGGCCGCGACCACCACCACCUCGCCGGCCGGCGUCUCCCCGAUCCCGCGGUUCGACUGGGAGCUCUUCUGAAGCCCUCCCUCCUCGCGGCGCGUCGGCGUGCCGGUUGGUCGAUCAGACGGUACCUACCUCCCUUGUCCAUGGAUCUUCCCUGCUCUCAUCAGUAGUGCCAUUGUUUCUUCUGUGGAUUCUUUCCAUUUCUUUUCGCCUCAUUCUCUCUUCUUUUCUUCCAUUUCCUUUCGAAUUUGUAUAUCUACUAUAUGUCUACAAAAAGAACAGAGAGACCGACGCGGUGCGGUGAGUGUGUUCACUGGGUCAAAAGUCCGUCAGUUGACAACUCCUCCUCGUGAGGAUCCAUCCAUGCAUGUUGUUCAGUCACAGCAAAUAAGUGGUGGUCUUAUUAUGAUGGCGAUGAAGAAGUUUUCAUGACAGUACACACACAUAUAAAUAGCAUGUAUAUUUUGGUAACAUUUAUUUAUACGCUUGUGUAUGGUUACGAU